UUCAAUUUGAAUUUAUUAAAUUAAAUAUUUCAAUAUUUAAAUAGAAUUCGAUUUUUAAAAGUUUAAAACCUAAUUGAUAUUUGUAUUAAUUUCGAAAAUUUGGCACUCAUUACAUUUUUAUAAAAUAUAAUUUACUAUUAACACAAUGGAAGUGCAUGUUGAUAAUCAUUUAGAUUCAGAGACCAAGGAAAUUCAAAUACAAUCUGAGGAAAAAGUAAAUGAAGUCUUACCGGUAAAAAAAGAAAAUCAAACGGAAUCAGUAGGUAAAGAAAUUCAAAUAAAAUGUGAAGAAAACAGGAAUGAACUAGAAUUAGUUAAAAAAGAAUGUCUUUCAGAAUUGGGAACCGAAGAAAUUCAAAUAAAAUCUGAGGAUAAAGACAGAGAAAUAGAUCCAGAAGAAAAAGAAAAUAAAUCUGAAUCAGUCGUAAAAGAAGAUCCUUUUGCUUAUUUAGAUCGGGAUGAUUUUACUUCUGAAAAGUACAAAAUAGAAAUAAGAAACCUUCCAAAACAUUAUGGAAUUGCCGAGUUCAAGAAAUUGAUCAAUGUUAAGUUGGAAUUAAAUUGCUCCAAAGUUAAAACCCCUAACCGUAAUGGAAAGUGGCUCUAUAUGUGUUUUCGUUCUGAAGAAGACAAAAAUUCAGCUCUGAGUGUUUUAAAUGGAUAUAAUUGGAAAAACACAAAAUUAGAUGCUAGUAAUGCCAAAGCUGUACCUGAUCCAUUAGUAAAAAAACGCAAUGAACAAUUUGAUGAUUGUUCAGAGGUAAAGAAAAUUAAAUUGGAUAAUAUUGGCGCAGAACAACAGAUGAUAAGUUCUGUGACACCUUUAUAUAACAUAUCUUAUGAAGAGCAAUUAAUCCAAAAAACUAAUUCAAUUAAAAAUGUUCUUAUGGAUUAUAGUAGACGGUUGAAACGAAUUAAGUGUGGUCAAGGUAUACUUGAUUGGUUAAAAAAACAGCAAAAUGUAAAUAAUGGUCUUCCAUGUGAACUUUUGGAAAUACAAAGUCUUAAAAAUGAUUCAGAGAAAUGUGUUGGUUAUAGAAAUAAAUGUGAAUUUACUAUAGGUAUGGAUGUAGAAAAUAAAGAACCAAUUGUUGGUUUUCGCGUUGGUGCAUAUAACCAGGGAAAAACUAGUGUUGCUCCUAUUGAUAAUAUUUUAAAUGUACCUCAACGUAUGAAAAAUGUUGUUAAAUGUUUUCAAGAUUUAGUCAGAUCUUCUAAAGUUCCUGUAUUUGAUCCUGAAAAUUAUACAGGUCAUUGGCGUCAGUUAACUGUAAGACUGAGUCUAAAAACUGGACAAUUGAUGUUAAUUUGUGUAGUUCACACAGAAAACAUGGAGGACUCUGCCAUAAACUCUUUAAAACAAUUAAUCCUCAAUUAUUUUACUGAAGGGGCUGGAAUAGAUUGUAAAGUGGAUUCUCUUUACUUCCAAAAGGCAAAAAAAAGAGCUGCUGGGGAAGGAAAUUCAUUUCCCUUAGAAUUGUUACAUGGACAAGGAUAUAUCAUCGAAGAAGUGAAAGGUCUUAAGUUGAGAAUUUCACCUGAAUCGUUUUUUCAAAUUAACACAGCUGCUUCUGAAAUAUUGUUUGAUGCUGCUAAAGAUCUAGCUUCUAUUAAUUUACAAACUACAGUUUUAGAUGUUUGUUGUGGUUCUGGUACAAUAGGUCUAUCUAUAGCUAAGGAUUGUGCUCAAGUAAUUGGUGUAGAAAUUCAAGAAGAAGCAGUUAAUAUGGCAAAAUUAAAUGCCACUGAAAAUGGUAUCACAAAUGCAAUAUUCUUUGCUGGAAAAGCUGAAGAAGUAAUGAAUAAACGUGAAUUUCAGAACCCAGAGAACGCUAAUGAUGUAGUUGCAAUAGUUGAUCCACCCAGAGCAGGAUUACAUAACAAAGCAAUUUUGCUUCUACGAAGGAUGACACAUUUGAAACGAUUAGUAUAUAUGUCGUGUAACCCUAAAGGUGCUAUGCAAAACUUUUUAUCAUUGUCUAUGGCUGAAUCUAAAACCAAACAAGGUGCUCCAUUUGUACCAGUGAAAGCUGUUCCUGUUGAUAUGUUUCCACAAACACCACAUUGUGAAUUAAUAGUGUAUUUUGAACGACUUGAAAAUUAAAUUUUUUUGGUGGGCUAAAAGUCAAUUAUAAUUACUUUAUAAAAAAAAUAAAUGUUUAGAAAUUUAGCCCUUCUAUUUAAUUAUAUUAUUCAACUGUCUACUGGUAAUUUUGACUAAUGAAAUUUUUUUCUUGAUUAAUAAUUUUAUAAUUUUAUUAUUUUUAUAGAAAUAUGAAAAUAAAAUAUAUUAGUUUUGUUAAAUUUUUUUAACUUAGAACCUUUUUAAAAAUCAAAAAAAUUAGUUUGUAUAAUACCUUAUUAAUAUUAUAUUAUAACACAGUUUUUUUAAAAACAGGCUGAGGUCUUUAAAAGAAUAAUAAACCCGCAUAUUGUGUUAUCUUCGUCUUACAAAUGUAAAAAUAUAGCAAAAACUGUGUUGCGUGGAUUAGUAUCACUCAGACUGCAGUGAUAGUUAACACUCAAAACUAAUAUAAAAUAUAGUUGAGAACGUAAUCUGUGAAAUGUCAUUUUAUUUUUUUGAUAUCACUAAUUCGAAAAAUGUUUUUAUUGUUUCAAAAUCUAUUAUUUUUGUGUUUUUCAAACUUGAUUGACUUUUUUUGUAGUUCUGAUAUUGAAAAAAUAAAAUUGAUGUUUCAUA